ACCUGCAGUCGUGUAUUGUUCUUCUUUUCCACAGGGGGUUAUAGCAAGAGAGAACCUGUACAACCACAAUGCGUACGUUUGCGAGCGGCAUUGUCUGAGCCGCUUAGCGACUGAAAUUCCGUCCCAUAUGCUACAGAUUUACAGCUUUUAGUAAAUAAACCACCUCUCUCAUAUCCUAAUCAAGGCCUGGUUUGUGCGAUUAUCACGAAAGUAGUUACAUGGAUAUAGAUCUUGCAAUUCAAAUGGCUGGGGAGGAAAAGGUAGGCUUGGUUGUUAGGGGUCCGAUAGACGCAGACGACGUGAAAGGGAGCGUUAGUGACGUACCUACAUCGACAGACCUAAAGCCAUGGAAGGUGAAGAAGCCGUGGGAACUUUUUCGAGCUGUUUCUCCUGCUAACGACAUUGAAAUUUACGAGAGCAAGGCCGUAUCGGUGGCUUCGCAGGACUUCGAAGUGACUCCGCCUGAGACUGGUUACUUGUGCAUUCGUUGCCAAGGUGAUGAAGAAUUUUAUAUCCCAUCACAUGUGGUCGACUGCUUUCAAUGCGUUGAUAUUAUCCUCCAUGGGGAUGCUAUUUUCAAAGAAAACUUGGAGAAAAUGAUAAGGUUCCCAGAUAUUCGUGCAGAGAUUAUGGAAGCUGUUUUGAGGUUUGUAUUUAUUGAGCAUCUAAACAACGUAAAAUAUGCAAAAUAUUGGGGACCUGAUGCACCACGGCUAGUAUUCCAAUUUGAGGUUGAGCCGGAUCAAGUGAUGGACCUUAUACAAGCAUCACACUUUCUUGGUAUUAAGAGUUUGCUAAAUGUUGCUGCUACAAUGGUUGCCCAUCACCUGGCAGAUAUACCGGAUGUAUCGUCGAUGUUACCAGAUCUGGCCUGGUGUGUUGCUGAACUACUUACAGCACAACAACUCUUUGAUGCUGAACAACGCCCAGACUUCCUGAGCUUGAACCUUGAGACUAGUGUGCUCUGGGAACGGCACUGCAAACGACUACAGGUGGAAGAUUUGGUGCAACCCGUUUCAGCAUCCAACUACCCGUCUUACGAUACAUGGGAUUUUAGCGAGGGGCCUCCUCCAACUUCUUGGAAGUCUCUUUAUGUAACACAUGUGUUGCAGCAGCUUGCUGAUCGCCAAGAUGGAGAGAAACUUGAUGAUUUUUUCGCUGAAGUUGCUCUCAAAGGGAAAUUCGCCUGCAGACACACGAUACGGGGGAUGAUGUGGGACUGGGUUCUCAAUGUCCCCAAAAGUUUGCCUCUUGCAUCGUAUGUUAGUCUUUUCCCCAACAUCUUCUCUUUAGUUUUGGUGAAGCUGCCCCUUGGCAAGGAACUAGCAGACGGUACACUACCAUGCAUGAGUCUUGGAGAUAUUCUGUCGCAUCUUCCUCAUCUUCAACAUCUUGAUGUCAGUGAAAGUGGAGUCACUGCAGAUGCAGCCGUUAGCUUGAGCAAGGGACUCAAAUCUCAUGCUAGGCUGCAGGUCCUUCGAAUCGCAUACAAUAGUAUUCAAACCAGAGGCUUUUCCGCUAUUGCCAUGUGUUUCCCAACGGUUAGAACAUUGAAGCUCUUCGAUGUACGUGGGAAUGGAAUACAAUUGUCACUAGCCCAGGAGGUUGUUGCAGCUCUUGAGCAAAGCUCCGUGAAGGAAUUACUCCUUGCAGGAAAUCCCACUUCUUUUGGAAUUCAAAUGCCACAUUUUCAGCGGUCUGGACAGACUCAUACAAUUUCUAUCAGAUCAACAGAUUUUUACCAAAUGAAUGAUGUAGCUGAAGAAGUGGAGUCGGGACCAGCAUUCAUUCUGCAAUCCUAUUUGUGGAGUUCCUUGCCAAAACACCUAAAGAAACUGCAACUCGCGGAGUGCCAAGUUAGUGACUCUCAGAUCGGCAUUCUUGUCAGAGCACUGCAUGGUCACGAAACUAUAGAGGGGCUCGAGUUGAAUGACAAUAGAAUCACGUCAACUGGGGCUUGCGCAAUCUUCACUUGGCUACAGGGCAACUUAUCGCUUCGGGAACUUUUACUUGGGAACAACAACAUCACUGAUUCGAGCUCAACGGACUUGAUCAAGGCCCUAGGAACGCAUCCACGACUUGAGAAGGUUUCUUUGAGGGGUAACUACUCGUAUGGGGAAGACAAUUUACGCAUGGUCAUUCAAGCGGCUAGAGGACAAGGCGAGGCACUUCUUUUGACGCAACAGAAGAGGUUCAUUUUGGACUUGUCAAUGACGGAUGUUUCCCACACAACUCGUGCAAGGAUUCUUCGGGAGAUUGCUGAUGUAACGGAGAUAUAUCUGUUCAUUUGAUCUGUGUUUUCUGUCGCCUUCGGCUAAUUUGCCGAUUUACAACUUAGAGUGUUUUCAUUCCAUAAGCCAGCUCAGAUUACGAAUAUGUUGUCGUGUAUCCUAUUCAAAUCUUGUUGUCUGUUUUCAGGCUGGAUCUGUGAUUGAAAGUCUCCUUUUUGUCUAUAA